CAUAGUAGUCGUAUCCACAUUCGGUAACUCUUUGAGGAGAAUUAUAUCAAAGAAAAGGGAACAUAAUCAUGUCUCUCUUCAAUCAAGGUGGAAAUGCCACCAGUUCAUUUGGCACAAGCUCUGUACAACCAAAUUCUGGAGCCACCAAGACUGCUCCAUUGAUGAAUAAAUCAUCUAAACUUUCUGGUAGUGAGGAAGGUGGAUCUACUAAGAUUCUUAAGGAUUUACUCGAAUCUGCUAAUAAUUUUCCAAAGUCUGGACUUUCAGACUUGGGAUCAAUUCAGUUAACUAUUCCAGAGUUGCAAAAGAAAACUAAUUCUCUUCGUCACUCUCAGAAGGAACCUGCUUCAUUUACAAGAGCUCACUAUUUAUUGGCAUCUAGUGGAGUUUCAGCCGAUGAUAUUGAAACUGAAUUGAACUCUUUGGGAACUCAGGACAUUAAUAACUUGAGCGGUCAUAUUGGUGGCGGAUUUGGUGGUGGAUUUGAUGGUGAAAUUGGUGGCCAUAAGGGUGGAUUUGGAGGUGGAUUUGGAGGUGGAUUUGAUUUUGGUGAUAACAAAAAGGUGACGUCAACCAGACCAGCAUCUAUUAAUGUUACUGGAUCUAGUCUUGAUUCCUAUCUUAACACCAAGAAGGAUGAGAACAUUUUAUCUGCCAUUGAGCUGUCACUUGCUUCAGCUUCAAAAGAUUUUGAUACAUUUGUUGGAAAAAAUGUAGCAAUUGAUUGGAAAGCUCGUAAGGAUUUUCUUCGUAAAUCAUUUGGAGUUUCAAACGGUAAUACUAACAAUACCAACCCAAACGCCGUUGUUUCAUCUGGUUCGACUUUUUCUUGGACUAAAACCCAAGCUAACCAAUACAACCUCCUUGCACCAUUAUCUUCAAAGCAAUCCACUUCAUUCUCCUCAAAACAAUUGACUCGUGAAAGAUUUGAAUCUCAUGCUCAAAUUGUAUAUCAAUUGAAUGAAGCGAGGCUUACCAACAGUUUUUUCCCAUUGGCCUUGAGUUUUGAAGAGGUUAGUAAGGCUAAUUCUGAUUUGAAGUCUGGACAAGUUGGUUCAUCAUGGAAAAUUCUUGUUAACUUGGCAGAAGAAAAACUGUCUAAGAUUAAUCAAGAACAAAAAUUUUUCAGCUCAUAUUGCUUACAAGAACAAGGAGAUGCACAAGAAUUGAAUAGAAAACUAAUAAAAACCAGUAAAGCUUACUUAGAGUCGCAAUUUUACGACUAUAUCGACCAAAUUUAUAACAAAGAUGAUGAUAAGGAUAAGCUCCCACCUACCAACAUUAACAAGGUGACUUACUUCAUCAAUAAAGUUGCACGUAAAGAUAAACAUUCCGACCUUAUUGAAAACACACUCAAUUAUAAUGGUGUCCCAAUUUGGGCACUUAUUUUCUACUUGAUUAGAGCAGGAUUGUACCAAGAAGCUUUGGAAGUAGUUUCUAAAAAUGCAAGUGCUUUCAACAAAUUUGAUAAGAAUUUCCCAAUAUAUUUAAAGAAAUUUGUUGAUGUUAAUGGGUCAGUGUUACCACUGGAUCUUAACGAUAGAUUACAAACUGAAUUCACUCAACAAUUUGGAUUUGUUGCUGAUGAAUCUAUUGAUAGUUUUGAUGCAUACAAGUAUUCUGUAUUCAAAAUCAUUGGUAAGUGUGACUUAUCGAAAAAGGCUCUUCCACAAGCCAUUAAUUUGAGCAUUGAAGACUGGCUUUGGUUCCACUUAUCACUUAUUAAUGAAUCUUCAUCCACUUCUUCAUCUUCUACAGGUAGUGUUGGGGAAUCGCAAUUGAUUUUUGAAAAUUAUUCGCUUGGAGAUUUACAGAAAAAAAUCAUUCAAUUAGGACCUAAAAAGUUCAAUUCUUCAUCAAAUAACCCAUUAUAUUUGAAGGCUUUAGUGAUGGUUGGAUUGUUUGAAUUAGCUGUUCAAUUCACUUAUGAGAACAUUAAUGAAUGUGACGCCGUUCAUUUGGCUAUUGGUUUAUGUUACUAUGGUCUCUUACGUGUAACUACACUCAGUCAUCGCGAAGGAUUGAUGCAUGUGAACUCUCACGGUGAAUGUGAAAUCAACUUCAGUAGAUUAUUGGGAUCUUACACUCGUACUUUCAAAAUUUCAGACCCUAAAGUGGCAGCCCAAUAUUCUAUUCUUAUUGCCAUGGCUAACGGUGGCAAUUGUCAAUAUGAAAUUGAAACUUGUCACGAAGCUCUUCGUGAAUUAAUUUUGGCUUCAAGGGAAUUUAAAAUGCUUUUGGGUGAAUUAAAUUCAAAUAAUGGUGAAAGAAUAUCUGGUUUAUUAGAAAAGCAAAGAAAUUUGAUAUCAUUACCAAGUUUGGAAAACUUUUAUCAUAAAAUUAUAGAGAUUUCAGCAAAUCGUUGUGAAGAAGAGGGAAGAAUUUUUGACGCUCUUUUACUUUACCAACUUGCACAAGAAUUUAACACGGUGGUGAUCUUGAUUAAUAAGUUACUUAGUGAAAUUCUUAGUACUACUGAACUUGAUAAACCUUUAAUUCAAUUUGGUAAUUACGAAAAUGUUAAUGGUGAAAAGCAUGCAGUCAACACUAUUGAUAACAAUAUUAUUUUGUUAUCUCAACAUAUAAUUGCAACAUUUAAUAAGAAUACCUUCAUUUUGGAUAACAUUGAACCAUCUAAGAAGGAUACUGUGGACUUACUUUUGCAAAUAGUUGCAAUUCGUGAGACCUUUUUGAACAAAGAAUGGGAUAAUACAUUGGCUGGAAUUGUUAAACUUGGAAUUAUUCCAAUUGACCAAGCUCAAGACUUGUUGUCCAUCAGAAAAUCUGCUGAACUUGUGCAUACUUCCUUAGAUGAUAAUAUAAUCAAGGUGAUUCCAUCUCUUUUGAUUAUCAUUAUGACAAGUUUGUCACAGUUGAACUACACGGUUUUAACCCAAAGAUACGCAUCUUCUGGUAGUCAAAAGGAAGAAGUGGAAAGAAUCCAUAAAAUGGCCAAGAACAGUAUGAUCUAUGCCGGUAUGGUCCAAUAUAAGAUGCCAAGAGAAACCUACAGUCUUCUCGUUAGUCUUGAAUCGCUGCUUUAA